UUAAAAAGACCGAAAAGCUCACCAAUUUUCCUCUCCUUUCUUCCUCCUCUUCAAUUGGCCUCCUUGUUGCUCUCUCUCUCUCUCUCUCUCUCUUCUCCAUCUUUCAAAACCCGAAAAAGGGUUACUUCUUUCUUGACCCUUCGUUCAUUUUCUGUUAAUUUUUUGUAGGAUUUUAGGCUCAACUGAUACUAUUUUUGUGUAUAAGAAUCAUACUGGUUUCUUCACAAGUGGGGUUCGGUCUUUGUUAGUACGUUUCAAUACGGAGUUGGCGUCGGUGGGGGCAAACUCCUGCUGAUUCUCUGAUUUAUUCCAUUUGGGGUUGUUGAGAUUUGUUUUAUUUUUGGAUAUUUUUUAUCUGAUCUUCUGUUUAAGAUCAGGGGAACCUAGAGAAGAAAAGGGUAUCCUAAGAUAUCCUCUUUUUUUGAAUUUAUUCGUUGCCCAGAUUGUUUAAAGUCUUCAAAAAGAUGCAGCAAGAUCAGCACAAGAAGAGUUCCAAAGAAGUGGAGUUCUUCACUGAGUAUGGUGAUGCUAAUAGGUAUAAAAUUUUGGAAGUUGUAGGCAAGGGAAGUUAUGGAGUAGUUUGUGCUGCAAUUGACACUCAUACAGGAGAGAAAGUGGCUAUAAAGAAAAUAACUGAUAUUUUUGAGCACAUUUCUGAUGCAAUUCGAAUUCUGCGUGAAGUCAAAUUGCUUAGACUUCUAAGGCAUCCUGAUAUUGUUGAAAUUAAGCGAAUCAUCUUACCACCUUCAAGACGAGAGUUCAGAGAUAUUUAUGUUGUUUUUGAGCUUAUGGAGUCUGAUCUUCAUCAUGUUAUUAAGGCCAACGAUGACUUGACACAUGAGCACCACCGUUUUUUCCUGUAUCAGAUGCUGCGUGCAUUGAAGUUCAUGCACACAGCUAAUAUGUACCAUCGAGAUCUUAAGCCAAAAAAUAUAUUGGCAAAUGCAAAUUGUAAACUCAAAAUAUGUGAUUUUGGAUUGGCAAGGGUUGCAUUCAGUGAUGCUCCAACCACAAUAUUUUGGACGGAUUAUGUUGCUACAAGGUGGUACCGUGCACCAGAACUAUGUGGGUCUUUCUUCUCUAAGUAUACACCUGCUAUUGAUAUCUGGAGCAUCGGGUGCAUUUUUGCAGAGGUUUUGACGGGGAAACCAUUAUUUCCGGGCAAAAGUGUUGUUCACCAGUUGGAUUUGAUUACUGAUCUUCUAGGGACGCCAUCAGUUGAUAUUGUAUCUGGGGUUCGUAAUGAAAAGGCAAGGAAGUAUUUGACAGAUAUGAAGAAAAAAAGCCCAGUUCCUUUUACUGAGAAAUUUCGAAAAGCAGAUCCUUUGGCACUUCGACUGUUGCAGAGGUUGUUAGCAUUUGAUCCAAAGGAUCGCCCAACUGCUGAAGAGGCUUUGGCUGAUCCGUACUUCAAGGGACUGGCCAAGAUUGAGAGGGAACCUUCUAGUCAACCAAUCUCGAAGCUGGAGUUCGAGUUUGAGCGACGAAGGGUCACAAAGGAUGACAUCCGUGAACUAAUAUUUAGGGAGAUACUAGAGUAUCAUCCUCAACUUCUGAAGGACUACAUGGCUGGAAAUAGUGGUGCAAAUUUUCUCUAUCCUAGUGCCAUUGGUAAUUUCAGAAGGCAAUUUGCUUAUCUAGAGGAGAAUAGUGGUAAAAGUGGCCCAGUAAUACCUCCUGGUCGAAAGCACGUCUCUCUCCCGCGAUCUACUGUAAAUUCCAGUACCAUCCCCCCCAGAACACAGCAGAAUCCUAUGUUUGAUCAUAGGCAAGUAACAGAAAAGGCAACUGCUGGCGUCAGAGUCUCAGACCCGAAGGUUUUGCGACCACCACCUCGAGUACCCACAGCCAAACCUGGAAGAGUUUUAGGACCAGUUUUAUCAUAUGAUGGUGACAGAAGCAUCAAAGAAGUCACUGAUGGAAGAGUAUAUCCCCAGAACUCUGUUGUCCAACCUCAUGGCAUGUCUCCACAUUAUCUGUUCAGAAGUAACUCUACACAUCUAGAGAGGUGUGGGACAGAAGCAGAGAAGGACCGCUCUCAAGUUAAACCGCAACAUGGCCAGUGCAUGGCUGCCAAGUCGUCCGCUAGUAUGAGUUUCGAGAUGAGCACUAACCCAUAUUACCAUACACAGGCAAGGGUAGCACAGUUGGGAGGUCAAAUCGCCAUGGAUGCAAAACUACUACAGGCACAAACACAGUUUGGUGCAGUCGGUGCUGCAGCUGUUGCUGUUGCCGCUCACAGAGAGGUUGGCACUGUUCAGUAUGGUCUAACCUAGUAGAUACUAUUGUUUGAUGGUUCUUUGAAUCAAGUGAGGACAUCCCCCUUGCAGUGAGACAGUUCAAGAUGUGCAUUUUCCCUCAGAUCAAUCAGCAUGGGAGAUCUGAAGAGGGAUCUGUUAACCCGGUAGAUGAAAACCAUUUAUUAGUCGUUAGGGUCUCUAAAUAGGUAUUCUUUAGGUUCAGGUUGCCCUGUUGAGUUGGUAUUUAUGCCCCCUUGUAUGUGUAUAUAUAUAUAUAUAUAGCCUAUGCAUCAUUGAUAUUAAUGAAGAAAAAAAUUGUUCUUCUGA